CCCCUGAGAAGGUGUGGAAAGUUUUAAAGUGUAAGUUCAGCAGAGCAGCAUGAGACACAAAAAGGGAAACUAAAUGUGAGCAAGAAAAUAAACAUUUAUGGCCAGGAUCUUGAAAAAGUGGCUUAUGAAUUGUGGCAGCCCAGCAGAGUCAGAGGUGAAACUCACAAUAAAAUAAGACAGCAGGAGACUGAUGUGGUGCUCAAAACAAAGUAGUUCUUCAAUAAAGGUUGGAGAGAACGGGAAGGGGAGAAAUCCAACUGAAAGGCAUCUCAGGUAACGGGUGGGGAACCUCGGACCGCCUGGGUUAAUGAACAAAAGAGAGGGAGAGAGCGAUGAGCCCGGGAUUUCAUUCCUUGCUCUCAACUUGCUCCGGGUGGCAUGCUGCCGGGAAUAGGUCCUCUUCUCCGGUUCUUCUGAGGACUCUGCCUGUCUGCCCGACCACCCGAAUGACUGCACUUCUACUUAUACUAAUUUGGGGUAAUGAGGGACAGGUGGGACCAAUUCCAGGUGCCAAUUGGUUGCAGAACCUGGACUGGGUAAUAUUGGUGUUGAAUUUGGUACCUGUGAGGCUUCCACUUUUUUUGUGAAGUGAAUUCUUGUUUUUCCAGCUGCUGUAGUUUGUGUAUCUGUCCAAUGACCAUCUCUCUCAAACUCAUUAUCCACCCCUAUUCUCUCCUCCUGGACUGAUCUAACCUGUCUCUCUUGUUUCCGCAGCGCUGUGAGCGCUGUAACCAUACAGGUGCCACAGUGGGCUGCUGUUUGACCUCCUGCCAGAGCAACUACCACUUCAUGUGUGCCCGCUCCCGCAACUGUGUAUUCCAGGAUGACAAGAAGGUCUACUGCUACAAACACAGAGACCUCAUCAGUGGCAAGAUCAUCACUGGCCAAGGGUUUGAGGUGACUCGGAGAAUGUACGUGGACUUUGAUGGGAUCAGUCUUCGCAGGAAGUUCUUGACCGGACUGGAGCCAGAAAACAUCAAUUUGAUGAUUGGCUCUUUGCAGAUUGAAAAGCUAGGUAUUCUGACUGAGCUGUCUGCAAAGCAAGGAAAACUCUUCCCAGUGGGUUACCAGUGUUCUCGCUGGUACUGGAGCACGGUGAACCCAGUGCGGCAUUGCAAAUACACGUGUACGAUCCGUGAGGUCCGACCGCCGGUCCCUGAGAAACCUGCUGAAGAGAUGCCUGACAAGGGAGAGAAUAGCACACAGCCCCUGCGCCCAGUCAGGAGCUACCGAGUCCAAACCCCACCACAUCCUGACCAUCAGUGACCUGGAGGAGACACGCAGGCCCCGUCGCCACAGCCCCCACUCCCAAACCCGCAGGGACAUGUCCUCCCCACCCCU